UUUUUGAGAGUAGACCAAGACAAAGACAGAGAAUGCAGCCUGGACUGUGCAGGUUCCCCUCAGAAGUCACUCUGUGCAUCUGAUGGAAGAACUUUCCUGUCCCGGUGUGAAUUUCAGCGGGCAAAAUGCAAAGACCCUCAGCUGGAAAUAGCCUACCGGGGCAACUGCAAAGAUGUUUCCAGAUGUGUGGCUGAGAGGAAGUACACUCAGGAACAAGCUCGCAAGGAAUUUCAACAAGUGUUUAUCCCAGAAUGCAAUGAUGAUGGCACAUAUAGUCAGGUUCAGUGCCAUAGUUACACUGGAUACUGCUGGUGUGUCACUCCCAACGGCCGUCCUAUCAGUGGUACUGCUGUGGCCCACAAAACUCCCCGCUGCCCAGGUUCAGUGAGUGAGAAGCUGCCACAACGAGAAGGUGCAGGAAAAGCAGAUGAUGCCUCAGCUCCCGCGCUGGAGACUCAGCCUCAAGGUGAUGAAGAAGAUAUAGCAUCUCGUUAUCCUACAUUAUGGACCGAACAAGUAAAGAGCAGACAAAACAAAACCAAUAAAAGCUCAGCAUCGUCAUGUGAUCAAGAACUUCAGUCAGCCCUGGAGGAAGCUAAACAGCCCCAGAAAGACAAUGUGUUCAUUCCAGAGUGUGCCCAGGGCGGCCUCUACAAACCAGUGCAAUGCCAUCCUUCCACAGGCUACUGCUGGUGUGUUCUGGUGGAUACGGGACGUCCCAUCCCUGGGACAUCAACCAGGUAUGAACAACCUAAGUGUGAUAAUGGUGCCAGAGCUCACCCAACCAAAACAAAAGAUUUAUACAGAGGACGCCAGCUUCAAG